AUGAGGCUGUGGAGGAGGAACUGCUCCAAGUCCCUGUGCACUGUGCUCACUCUGGUCGCAGCCAACAUCCUGCUGGUGCUUUACAGCAAGAGGACCAUACACAACUGGGUUGUGGGCAGCCUCCACAAGGAGGACUCUGUGGUGGCCCUGGAGAACAAUGUGCACCGCUCAGGAGAGAGUCUGAAACUGAUUAUGAAGCAACAAGGCCACAUGGGAUGGGGAAAUGCUGAAUUCCACCCCGGUUGGAAAGGAGUGAAAGCCAGGUUGGCGCUCAAGAAGCUCUUCCAGCAACGGGGGAAGGAACUCUCCGAGGCACAGCAGAAAGAGGCUCAGUACUUGUUCCUGGAGUUCGGUUACAACGUGUUCCUCAGUGACCACUUGCCUUAUAACCGAAGCAUCCCUGACACCCGCCAUGCCAGGUGUCUUCAGAAGACAUACCCUGCCCAGCUCCCAUCCCUCAGUGUCAUCCUCAUAUUCAUGAAUGAAGCUCUGUCCAUCCUCCAGAGGGCUAUCACCAGCAUUAUCAACCGGACCCCUCCUCGGCUGCUGAAGGAGAUUAUCCUUGUGGAUGACUUUAGCUCCCACGGAGAACUGAAGACACGGCUGGAUGAAAAACUUAAGCUUCACAACCAGAACCAUCCAGUCCUUCUGAAACUUAUAAGGCACACAGAGAGAAGAGGUCUGGCUCAAGCCCGCAACACUGGCCUGGAAGCUGCUGCAGCUGAUGUGGUUGCCAUCUUGGAUGCUCACAUUGAAGUGAACGUUGGAUGGGCUGAACCCAUUUUGUCUCGGAUUCAGGAAGACCGCACUUUGGUUGUGUCCCCUGUGUUUGACAAUAUUAACUUCAAUACGUUUGAGCUGGAAAGGUACGAACUGGCAGCAGUUGGGUUUGACUGGAAGCUGUGGUGCCAGUACGAUCCUAUACCACAAGCCUGGAUGGAUGCGGGUGAUGCCACUGCUCCAAUAAAGAGUCCUUCCAUCAUGGGCAUCCUGGCUGCCAACAGGAUCUUCUUGGUAGAGAUCGGGGCUCUGGAUGGUGGGAUGCUGGUCUAUGGAGGAGAGAAUGUGGAACUUAGCCUGAGGGUGUGGCAGUGCGGAGGGAAGAUUGAAAUCUUACCCUGCUCCCGGGUAGCUCACCUGGAGAGAUUCCAUAAGCCCUAUGCCAUGGAUCCAGGGAUUCCCUUGCGGCGGAACGCCCUGAGAGUGGCGGAAAGUUGGAUGGACAAACAUAAGUACAUGGUCUACUUGGCCUGGAACACUCCUCUCGAGAACUCUGGAAUCGACUAUGGAGACAUUUCUUCCAGAAAGGCACUCCAGGAGAAACUGAAAUGCAAAACCUUUGACUGGUACCUGAAAACCAUCUACCCACUUCUGAAGCCAAUCCCCGACAUUGUCUGCUAUGGAAGAAUGAAAAAUUCAUUGGACGAAAGUGUUUGCCUGGACCGAGGAACUGUUCCAGGCAACUCUCCCAAAAUGGAACCUUGCCAUAGGUUCAGUACACAGAAUGUGUACUACCUCCUCUCUGGGGAAUUCUACGUGGGGGAACUAAUUGCAAAAGAAGUCAUCCAAGAACAAUACUGCCUGACGGACUCUGGCCAUGGGGAGGACCCCUCAUUGGAGCUGUGCUCUGAGGCAGCCAAAAGAGGGCAGCAUAUCUAUUGGGAUUUUCAACAGGGAAAAUCCAUCAAAAACAAGGAUACCGCACGGUGUCUGGAGAUCAGAAAGGACCCCUCAGGCCCCUACAGGCUUGUGUUAGAGAACUGUACCAAACAAAUAUGGAAAAUAGAGCAUAUAGGCAGAAACUGGGGCCACUAA